AGUUCAAGCUCACCCCAUUUUAUGGAAUGACGAAUAACAAAAAAUAUCACUAGUUUAACUUUAAGCUUAAAGAACCGUGUUAACAUGAAGUAAAUUGAUAAACUUUAUUUUGCUUAACAACGAACUUUUCCAUUUAUGACGGGAACGAACAUGGUAUUUGUAAUCAAGUGGUACAUUGCCUUCUUUUUUGCUGCUUCAAUUUUUGCAAUGUCGUGUAAUGGCCAUGGCAGACUGGUCGAACCACCAGGUAGAGCAUCAGCUUGGCGUUUUGGAUUUCAAACACCACCAGACUAUAAUGACCAUGAACUCAACUGCGGAGGGCUUAGCCGGCAAUGGCAAAGAAACGGCGGUAAAUGUGGAGAAUGUGGGGACGCGUGGGAUCUUCCGGAACCACGACCCCACGAAUAUGGUGGCCACUGGGGAAAAGGCCAAAUUGUGCGGAGCUAUUUGCCUGGAUCUCAAAUGACGAUUCGUGUAGAAUUAACAGCCAGUCAUAUGGGAUAUUUUGAGUUUCGAAUAUGCCCAAAUCCAAAUGCUAAGCAGUCAUGCUUAGAUGAAAAUGUAUUGUCAAUUCUUAAUGGAUCUCCUUCUCAGCCAAAUGAAUCAGACCUAGAUACCCGAUUUUAUCCUCGAAACGGAAGUUGCAUAUAUGAAAUUUUGGCACAGUUACCAGAUUUUACAUGUGAACACUGUGUUCUGCAAUGGCGUUAUGUUGCCGGCAACAAUUGGGGUAUGUGUGGCAAUGGUAUAGGAGCUAUUGGAUGUGGUCCACAAGAAGAAUUUCGUUCGUGCUCUGAUAUUGCCUUAACUACAGAAUAUUUGCAUCCAUAUCUAAGUCCUAUUAACCCACCACCUUCACAAUCUAAUGGAAUGUCUGCGAACACGAAACAUAAUACUGUUAAUAUACAAAGUUACAAAUUAAAGUAUAUUUGCAUCAUUUUACUACUGUUAAUACUAAUAUUAGUUUGCGUUGUUGUUAUGAGUAUCAAGUUUCACAAUCACAACAGCUUUUGUAUUCCACAAUUUUGUAAUAAUCAAAAAAAAUAUUUAUUUUGGAAUUCAUCUCAACACAAUAAUUUUAUAUGUGAUCUAUUUAAAAAAAAUAUUACCCUUAGCAAUGAUAAAUUAGACGACCCAGUCCACAAAUUAGGAGAUUAA